GAAGAACGCGAUCUGGUGGGCGGGUGUUACCCUACAAGACUGCUUUUGGGAUUGACGAGUUCAUCGCUGCAGCUGUUCCCUCUUAUUAUUACUUCUUCCCCUUUUUGGAACCAGAUCGUCAAUCCCCAUUUCAAUUCUCCCCCCGCAGCAAUGGCGAACACUGAUUGCGGAACCCUUUUAGGCUAAUGACGAGAACUUUGUAUCUAGGAUUUGGGAUUGGAAUUGCACCGGCUCUUUGCAAUUAGGGUUUGUACGGCCUGCUCCUUUUCAAUCGAGGAGGAUUGUCGCCCCAGACCAUAUGCUUGGGUUGUCAACCGGCAGCUGGAAGUCUCUCCUUAGC